AUGGUGCUGUGGGAGUCCCCGCGGCAGUGCAGCAGCUGGACACUUUGCGAGGGCUUUUGCUGGCUGCUGCUGCUGCCGGUGAUGCUACUCAUCGUAGCCCGCCCGGUGAAGCUCGCGGCUUUCCCUACCUCCUUAAGUGACUGCCAAACGCCCACCGGCUGGAACUGCUCCGGUUAUGAUGACAGAGAAAAUGAUCUCUUCCUCUGUGACACCAACACCUGUAAAUUUGAUGGGGAAUGUUUAAGAAUUGGAGACACUGUGACUUGCGUCUGUCAGUUCAAGUGCAACAGUGACUACGUGCCUGUGUGUGGCUCCAAUGGGGAGAGCUACCAGAAUGAGUGCUACCUGCGGCAGGCUGCCUGCAAACAGCAGAGCGAGAUACUUGUAGUGUCUGAAGGAUCAUGUGCCACAGAUGCAGGAUCAGGAUCUGGAGAUGGAGUCCAUGAAGGCUCAGGAGAAACCAGUCAAAAGGAGACUUCAACCUGUGAUAUUUGCCAGUUCGGUGCAGAAUGUGAUGAAGAUGCUGAGGAUGUCUGGUGUGUGUGCAACAUCGACUGUUCUCAAACCAACUUCAAUCCCCUCUGUGCUUCUGAUGGGAAAUCUUAUGAUAAUGCAUGUCAAAUCAAAGAAGCAUCAUGUCAGAAACAGGAGAAAAUUGAAGUCAUGUCGUUGGGUCGAUGUCAAGAUAACACAACUACAACUACUAAAUCUGAAGAUGGGCAUUAUGCAAGAACGGAUUAUGCAGAGAAUGCUAACAAGUUAGAAGAAAGUGCAAGAGAACACCACAUACCUUGCCCAGAACAUUACAAUGGUUUCUGCAUGCAUGGGAAGUGUGAACAUUCUAUCAAUAUGCAGGAGCCAUCUUGCAGGUGUGAUGCUGGUUAUACUGGACAACACUGUGAAAAAAAGGACUACAGUGUGCUGUACGUUGUUCCUGGCCCUGUACGAUUUCAGUAUGUCUUAAUCGCAGCUGUGAUUGGGACCAUUCAAAUUGCUGUCAUCUGUGUGGUGGUUCUCUGCAUCACAAGGAAAUGCCCCAGAAGCAACAGAAUUCACAGACAGAAGCAAAAUACAGGGCACUACAGUUCAGACAACACAACAAGAGCAUCCACGAGGUUAAUCUAAAGGGAGCAUGCUG